GGGCGAAGAGGGGCAUCGCAUCAACAGUCAAACCCGCGCAGCGUACUCUUUUCUGCGCGGUGCCUUCCAGCAACUGCGCGCGUGGGCCAUCGCGCCCGCCGACGUUGCCCGCAGGCUGGCCAAGGUCGAGAGCACGGAUGUGGAAACUUCGGAGGAGGGGAAGGAGGAAGAUGAGGGGGGCAGGAGAGCGCUGAGGGCCGAGGGCGGUCAGCUCUACAUCUCGAUGGGCCCGGCGAGCGCCUGCGGCCGCCACGGGGCAGCGGAAGCCCCGCUCCGCGGCGACCUCGGCGGCGCAUCGGCCGGAGGCGUCGGGGAGCCCCUCCUCGGCGCAACAGGCGGGGUGCGCCAAGAUCGCCUCGUAGGCCUCCUCGUCGCCCCGCAGGGCCGCCAGGUGCAGCGCCGAGCGCCCGGCCAGGUCCCGGGCGUUCACCGCGGUGAACUUCUCGCUGCCCACGAUGGCCAGGGGGCUCCAGCGCGGCGCCGCGCCACGGCCAGGUGGAGCGCGCUGGCCAUGUCGCGGUCCACGGCGUCGGCCGCGCGGAAGAAGGCGCUGCCGAGCAGGGCGCGGCACACGUCCUCGAGUGGUCCCCCAGCACGGCGAGGUGCAGCAUGGUGCGCCCGGCGGCGUCGGCCAGGUUCGCAAAGUUGGAGGCCCAGUCGCGGUCCGCGAGGGGCCGAGCGCCUCCGCCGCGCCGCCCCGGGCGACCGCGUCCAGCCCGGCGUGGGCGUGCCGCGGCCGCGAGAGGUCGCGCCGCCC